AUGGCAGAAAUCCAGUUUGCCCAAGACAUCAUACGAUGCGACAUUUGUCCAACUGAUGUGGAGAAAGAAGCGGCGGAAAUUUUCUGCAAGACCUGUAAGAAACACCUCUGUCAAUCAUGCGUUGGCAAACACGUGUUGUCAUCAAAGAUGGAUCACAUUGUUGUGAAGUUUCUGGAACACAUACGAGUUAGGACUUUAAUAUCUCCGACUGUAAUUCGAACGAUAGACAGUGGGUAUGCUCCUUUGUUAAGAGUAGUAAAGUCGCGUGAUGACUUUUUGUGGACCUCUGCAGACAUGAAUACAAUGAAGAAACUGGACUUAAAUGGAAUUGUCAUAGAAACAUUCAGUAGCGGAUCAAUCUAUUCUCCUUUUGAUAUCGCUUUGAAUAAAAUGGGGGCGCUGAUAUUCACUGUGUCUGCAAAGUACGUAUUAAAUGUUGUGAGGGAUCAUAAAGCCGAUACAUUAAUCUCACUGACUGGAGGAUGGAUACCCCGAGGUCUUUGUAGUACAGCAAAAGACGAAAUACUUGUUUCCAUGUACAAAAAGGGCCAACCAGACAAAGUUGUUCGCUAUUCCGGGGUCACAAUUGUUCAGGAAAUCUGGCGAGAUUCAUAUGGCCAUUUUCUCUUUCGGGACGCCUCUUACUUUUGCGAAAAUGCAAAUUCGGAUAUUUGCGUGAGUGAUGCCGACGGUCACUGCGUUGUUGUUCUUAAUAGCUCGGGAAUCUCCCGAUAUAAGUACAGUGGGGGUCCACAUUCUCCGUUUGAUCCCGAGUACCUUGUUUGCGAUAGACACUGUCACAUUCUGAUCGCCGAUAGAACUAAACACUGUAUUCAUAUUACAGAUAAAGAUGGGAAAUUUCUGUUACUUGUUGAUAGACACCUUAUUCGGUCACCGGUAGGAAUCUGCGUGGACGAAAAUGACAUUUUGUAUGUGGCUGAGCGAAAGUCUGGAAAAAUCAAAAUGAUUAGAUAUAUGAAUGAUUAA